AUGGGUAAAUCCUGGACUAACCUGCCCAGUAGAAACGGCAUACGGCCCACUCCAUGCUUUGGCCGUGUCACUGGGGCAAAGCAGCCCCACACAUUCCGCAGUCCAGCAACUUGGCCCAGGUCACACUGUGGCCAACGCGACCGCUACCUCGUGACAGCAAUACGGUCAGAGCAAUUCGAUCGUUUCAUCAUUACAUGCGUCGUUAUUGCCGUCAGCACAUAUGCUCCCCGGUCAAACCUACGGCGCUUAUCUAGCACCGCCCAGCUCGGUCGCAAUGGCCGAACCCCCGUUCAAGUGGCCCAGCAGGUAAGACCGCAGAACGAGGGGCAACAAGUUCCACGGCCAGUCGCGGCCCAGCAAGAAGCGCCCCCUCAGGGGCACCGAUUCGAAGACGUCCGGCGAAUGAUUGAGGACAGCCUGGCUCAGAGGUGCCCGGAAGCGCCAAGGUAUGCCAAACCAUACCUGCCGGAGAUUGACCGAAUUCAUCUUCCCCGGAACUAUCGGUUGCCAGAAUUCAUUCUAUUCUCUGGGGAUGGGCAACCUCCUUCACGGCCCAGUGCAGAGAGGCCGAUUCGGACGCCCAGAGGCUCCGUUUAUUCGUUCACUCUCUGA